UACCUCACUAGUUGAGCGCAGCCUCAGGACUUCGUAAAAGCAAGUUCCCGCUGUGAUUUCUUACAGCAAGUCUGAGAGUUAACCAAAAUGCUAAAGACCGUCACUUACAGAAGCUAUUAAAAGGUGAGCAUGCUGGGAAUAUUCCAUUUUGUUGCCUGUGCAAGUGACAGUGUUCUGAGUUGCCUACAGUUUACCAAUGUUGAUAAUUAACAUUUCACCUACGGUUAAUCUGAAAAAUUGACCAGAAAAUGAAAAACUGAUUAGCAUGAUACCAACUGUUCGCUAAGCCUGCUCAUACGGAAAGAAAGUUUGGCUGAAUCUUUUUGAAAUAAUGAAAACAUUCCAAACCUCCAAAAUUGCUCUAGAAGCAACAUAACGCAAAUGAAGGUGGAAGAGUCCACCAUGAUAAUUUGCAUUUUAUACACUUUCACACAGAGGUCCGAAAGGACUCAAAAACAUAAACUAGACACAGGCCAGCGGUCCCCGGGCCGCCACUGCCGCUGUCACCUUGGCCGCAGCCGCCGCCAGCACCUUGGUCCUCUGCGGCCCCCCAUGGCCGAGGAACUCUCCAUCGCCACGUCCUACACCGAAGAUGACUUCUACUGCCCCGUCUGUCAGGAGGUGCUCAAGACACCGGCGUGGACCGCGACCUGUCAGCAUAUUUUCUGUGGAAAAUAUUUCCUGACUGCAAUGAGAGAAAGCGAAAUACAUUGUCCCCUCUGUCGUGGAAAUGUGACUAGAAGAGAGAGAGCGUGUCCUGAAUGGGCCUUAGACCUUGAGAAUAUCAUGAGGAAGUUUUCUGGGCGCUGCAGGUGCUGUGUGAAACAGAUAAAAUUCUAUUGCAUGAGACAUCAUUACAAAUCUUGUAAGAAGUAUCAAGAUGAAUAUGGUGUUUCCUCUAUCAUUCCAAACUUUCAGAUCUCUCAAGAUUCCAUAGGGAACAGUAAUAGGAGUGAAACAUCCACAUCUGAUAACACAGAAACUUAUCAAGAGAAUACAAGUUCUUCUGGGCAGCCCACCUUUAAGUGCCCCUUGUGUCAAGAAUCAAAUUUCACCAGACAGCGUUUACUGGACCACUGUAACAGUGAACACCUAUUUCAGAUAGUUCCUGUGACAUGUCCUAUUUGUGUGUCUCUUCCUUGGGGAGAUCCUAGUCAGAUUACUAGAAAUUUCGUUAGUCAUCUAAAUCAAAGACAUCAGUUUGAUAAUGGAGAAUUUGUGAAUCUUCAGCUGGAUGAGGAAACCCAGUAUCAAACUGCUGUUGAAGAAUCCUUUCAAGCAAACAUCUGAAGACUGCAGAAUUUUCUGCAUCUUUGUACCUGCAAGUGCCAUCUCUGGGGGAAGCUACCUGAAGUCACCUGAAUAACUUGAUGUGUAUAUUAAUAAAAGUAAUUCAGUGUUCUG